GUUUAUAACCCCUGGCGUCAGUCCGCGGCUCUAAGCGACUGUGUAUGGUGAUUACAUAAUCAAGCCCAGACUGUGCAUGCUGUGGCAUCACGACACUGUGCUCUCAUCGCCAUUCCGCGUCUGUGAUGAGGUUCCUGCCCAGAGUCACAAGACAAGCACGGUGUGCCAGCAACAUCAGGUUUUCUCAAACACCAUACGUAUUUCUUCACGCACGCACUACGAUUCAUCUCGUUCCAUUUCAUCACAUAUCUACAUUCACAAUGCCCGCCGUCACCCGCAAUCUGCGGUCGUCGACGCGACUGAGCGCUGCACCCUCGGCAGACAAGAAGAAGCAGCAGCUGGAGAAGACUCAGACGGCUUCCAAGACGAAAAACAGCAAGAAAGUGACUGCAGCAGCGGCGUCGUCCAUGGUCACCACCACUAGUAGUCGCAAGAGGAAAGCCGAGGAACAGCCCAGCAAGCAGGACGGGGCACCUAUGGUCGAGCUCGCCGCCGCCGCCGACGACGACGAGCCCAGACCCAAGCCCGCCAAGAAAGCCAAGGUGAGCCGAGUGAAAUUACGGAACCCCCCUUCCCUCUGACACACAGGCGUUUGCGUGUGGAUGUGUGCAACAGGUGCGGUGCGCGGGGACAGACAAUGGGGAUGCUCACAUUGCCUUUGAAACCUAGAAGCCGGCGGCAGCGAAGAAGGAGGCGCCACCCAGGAAGACCAGGGAAGAGCUCGCGGCCAUGCGCGCCGCGCUGGUACCGGACGUGAACCCCGACGCCGAGCCCAGGGACCCG